AUGUUUCCUCCACUAUGGUACGGUUCAAGUUCUACCGUGCCCGUUGAAAGCGAGCAUGUUCAACGAAAACCCGAUGUCUGCUUAUCCGAGCACACGGAGUUGCGUUGGAACACUAUACUGGUAGUCGCUGAGCUCACCACAACCUCGUACACCCCUUCAAUACCUGCCGGAAAGACGCUUGACACAAAGGCAUGGCUCAUUUUCAGAGAGCAACCGUGGAGGCGUUUCGUACUAUCUCUUUCCUUCAGCAAUAAUUAUCACGAACUCCGUGUACAUGUACAUGACCAUUCGGGCGGCAUCGUGACCCCAGAAAUCAAUAUACAUGAGAAUCCUGAUGCUUUCAAACGCGUCAUGGCAUGCAUCGUUUUUGGUCGACGUGACUGCAUUGGAUUUGACCUCACGAUCACAAUCAACCCAAAGAUGACGAGCUUGUUGUCCGGGGCAUUUUGGGCCCGAAACAUCAAAGGACAGAUCGCCUUCAAUGAAAAUGUAUACAACUUGCUGAAGGUGAUCUUCUGCAAUCAAGGACUUGUGGGCUGCGGAACCGUUUGCUACCUGGCUCGGAGAGAUGGCGAGGAGUUUAUUAUUAAGGAUCAUUGGGUGAAAGGCGACAAGAGUGUAGUGUUGAAUGAGGUGGAGAUGCUGAAAGCUCUGAAGGAUAUCCCUGGUGUUCCCCAAUACGUGGAACACUGUCUCAUGGAGGUAGAGCCGGGCAAAGUCGACGAUACGCAAAUGUAUCGCCAGAAGAUCUAUAAUAGCACCCAAGGUGUCUAUCGCACGCAUGUCCGUCUCAUCUUGAAACCACGGGCUCGUCCUUUACACGAGUUUUGA